GUGACGCGGCUGCGCGGGAUGGGCCGGGUCAGGGCCCAGGCGGCGGCCGCAGUAACGAGAGGCGGCGGAGCGACGACUGCCCUCCAGCCCAGACACCAUGAGUACCAAACAGGUCACUUGCAGGUAUUUUAUGCAUGGUGUAUGUCGGGAAGGAAGCCAGUGCCUGUUCUCACACGACUUAGCAAACAGCAAGCCGUCCACCAUCUGUAAAUACUAUCAGAAGGGGUACUGUGCCUACGGAACUCGGUGCAGAUAUGAUCACACGAGGCCCCCUGCUGCAUCUGGUGGCGCCGUGGGCACCGUGCCCCACAGUGUGCCCUCCUCAGGUUUCCAUGGCCCUCACCCUUCUUCUGACCUCACUGCAUCUGUUGAAACUAAUUCACUUGAACCUGGGAAGCGUGAAAAGAGAACGUUGGUACUUAGAGACCGAAAUCUCUCUGGCAUGGCUGAAGAAAAGACACACUUGAGUCUGGUGAGUAAUCCAGGCAGCUACAGCGACCCCCAGCCCAGCCCUGAGAUGAAGCCGCAUUCCUACCUGGAUGCCAUCAGGAGUGGCCUUGAUGGCAUGGAAGCCAGCAGCUCCUACAGCAGUGAGCAGCAGCUGUGCCCAUACGCGGCUGCUGGGGAGUGCAGGUUUGGGGAUUCCUGCGUCCACCUGCACGGCGAAGUGUGUGACAUCUGUAGGCUGCGAGUUCUGCACCCCUUUGACCCAGAGCAGAGGAAAGCUCAUGAGAAGGUCUGCAUGUCCACGUUCGAACUCGAAAUGGAAAAGGCCUUUGCCUUGCAGGCAAGUCAGGACAAAGUGUGCAGUAUCUGCAUGGAAGUGAUCCUUGAGAAGGCCUCGGCCUCCGAGAGGAGGUUUGGGAUCCUCUCCAACUGCAGCCACACGUACUGCUUGUCCUGCAUCCGGCAGUGGCGGUGUGCCAAGCAGUUUGAAAACAUGAUCAUUAAGUCUUGUCCAGAAUGCCGCGUGAUAUCAGAGUUUGUGAUUCCAAGUGUGUAUUGGGUGGAAGAUCAGAAUAAAAAGAACGAAUUGAUUGAAGCUUUCAAACAGGGGAUGGGAAAAAAACCUUGUAAGUAUUUCGAGCAAGGAAAGGGGACCUGCCCAUUUGGAAGCAAAUGCCUUUAUCGCCAUGCUUACCCUGACGGGCGGCUAGCGGAGCCUGAGAAACCUCCGAAACAGCUCAGUUCUGAAGGCACCGUGAGGUUCUUUAGUUCAGUGAGGCUCUGGGAUUUCAUUGAGAACCGAGAAAGCCAACAUGUCCCCAACACCGAAGAUGUUGACAUGACAGAGCUUGGGGACCUCUUCAUGCACCUUUCUGGAGUGGAGUCAUCAGAACCUUAGAGGGUAGAUGGUCACUCCUGCAUCUUGGGCUGUGCCAGCCAAAACUUUCCCAAGCUAGGAGGUGAGCUUCCCUGUGCUGCGGCUCGAGGUGGUGUGUGGCUCGGAUCUGAGUGGGGCGUCCUUAACCUUCGUCUCGUCCACUCUCCAUUACUACAGGUGCGGGAAGAGUGAAGGACAUAAAAUAACCUAAUUAA